AUGCGGGAUAUUCUGAGGUACCACGAUAAAGUCACUCCGUUGGAGAAGAAACAGAAGGACGGCCAGUGCUUCGUGAACGAUUACCGUGUUGUUCGCACCGUCAAGGAAGACAAACUCAGCAAAGUAAUUUUAUGCGAGCGGGGGGGAAACCUUUACGCCAUAAAAAAAUACAAAAAAAAAGUAUUGCUGAAACAAAGGGAGUUUCAUAAGAACAGCCACUGCACCCAAGUGGUGGUUCGUUCCAAAUACGACGACUUAAAAAACGAAUUAGAAAUUCUGGCAGACAUAAAAAAUGAUUAUUGCCUGACCUUCGACGACAUAAUAGCAAAUGAUGAUGAAAUUUAUCUUGUGAAUAGUUACAUGGAGAAUGAGGGGAUACUCCAGUACGAUGGCGUUUUUUUUGUCCUACGGAAGGAUGAGCCAUGGUUUGUUCCCCUUCCUGUUGUGAAAUGUGUGGCUAAGUGUAUCUUAAAAUCGUUCUUGUACCUCCACACGAAGAAGAACAUAUGCCAUCGGGAUGUGAAGCCGUCUAACAUUUUUUGGAGCCGGAGCGGCGCCGUCAAGUUGGGCGACUUUGGGGAGUCCCAGUACAUGGCCAACGGGAUGAUACGCGGCACCAAGGGCACCUACGAAUUCAUGCCGCCCGAGUUGUUCUCCAGCGGGAAGUGCUACUCCGGAGAUAAGGUAGACAUAUGGAGUCUGGGCAUAUCCCUCUACGCCCUGUUCUACCGCGUUAUCCCCUUCGUCCAGAAGGAAUCCCUGCUUCAGUUAUUCCGAGACAUAGGCAGAGGCCACGUGCAGUAUCCCCUCAAUAGAAAUUAUUUUUUAAAUGAAUACACGAAAAAAGAGGUACCUUACUCCUGUGUCCCCAGUUUGUUAAAUACGGACAUUGAUUUUUUGAAGAAUCUUUUGAGAAGGGAUCCAGGGGAGAGACCCACAAACACGAAUGGCUAA